UAAGGCCCAUUAACCUAUCCGAGUCUCCCUCCUCUCUCUCUCUCUCAUUCGACUUCGAGCUUCGGUUCCUGGUGAAGACGACGAGGACUCUUCCGCAAAUUACAGGUUGAUCAGUCUUGAAUCCAGAUUCUGUUUGGAGGAAUUCGAAUAUAGCUGCAUAGCUUUUGGAUUUGAUUAUCUCGGAUUUUCCCGGAACUGAAAAUGAUGUCGCCGAAGCAAAUCUCCGACGAUCGAAGAUCUCCGCAUCUUAGGCACAUGCCUUUCCAGAUAAUCCAUCUCAUAGGAAACUUCUUUAGGAUAUGGUCAGUUUAUUCUAUGUACAACUACUUGAAUCAGACAGGAGCUUCUGUUGUUCUCUUUAUCUUCUGUUGUCUGGCACCAUCAUCCAUCAUCUUCCUCAUAAUCCAGAAACCGUGGAGAGGAAGGGCCCUUUCUAGUCAACAGAUCGUGCCUUCUCUCAUCAACGGCAUCAUCACAGCUUUAUUCUUCAUCUUAUGGGGAAAGGGUCUUAAAUCUUGUGGACCGCUUAGAGCAAUCUUGUCAGAGUAUUCAGGUGCUGUUCUCGGAGUACUCUCUGCAGUAUUAUAUGGAAGGAGAGGACACGUCUGGAAAAAGGGAGGUGGCCUUAUUGCAAUGCUGGUAGCUCUUUUCUUUUUGUCUCAAGGAUGGGCGACAUCAUCUCUAUCUCCAUUCUCAUCCAAAGAUAGUGUUGAGACAGAGGAAGGACACACAGAACAAGCAUUGGGUCUGGGAGGGAUGCUGAUACCCAUUUUGGCCGGAAUCUUAUCAGCGUUAAGGAGAGUGAUUGCACGUCGUGUUUCUCUUAAGAACCAACAGAAGAAGCGAUUGCAUGCGAUAACCAUUGCUUCUGCAACGUGUUUUCUGUUUCCCGUGGCCAUGUGGGAUCUGAUCAUAGGUUCCUCUUCUGGUAAAACUUUGGAAUUGCCAUUUUCUGCUUGGGCUUUCCUUAGCACCAUCGUUUUCGGAAUCAUCCUGAUAUUCUACGUUGACAGCAUGGCAGAAGAGAGACUGCAGAUGGUGUUUUCUUCUCCGCGGCAUCUGAUGGUAGCUGGUGCAUGCAUUAUUGUCAUGGAGAUUUCGUACGGAAUGGACUUCUCUCUUCCUGGCUUUGUAGUCUGCUGCCUUAUACUAGGCUUCGGGAUAUACGAGGCAACAGCUUUGGAGCGCGGCAAAAAAGAUUCUCUCCAAAAGCCAGAUCUGUCGAACGGGAUACUUGGAGAUGAAUAUGAUACUUCUCUUUCACUUCCCAGAUAACGUCUCUUGGAGUUCAUCGCUCUCAGUCUCAGCGAUACCAAUGGGCACAACACAACCAGUUGGAUCGAAAGCCAUAGAAUCGGAACACUUCUUGACACUGUAAAUCUCUUUAAUCUCCUCGUCUCCUUCACACCUUAUACCAUCGUUUUCUCUUUUAAAUUUUCUCAGAGGCAUUGGCGAUUGUUUUUAGGCAGAUUCUGACUCCCAAUGGACACAUCGAAAAGACAAUCUCAAAACAUACUUUGAUCUCGUUGAUUUGUUUUUUUUAUUAUUAUUAUCAAUGAGUUGUUUAUUAGGUUCUCAAUUUA